AUGAAUCUGAUUCCAGUUUCCAUUAGGCAGAAACAUCAUCCGCUCCUCCAGAAAUAUCCCAGCAGUCCAGACACGCACGAGCAGAAGUUCACCGGCCUGCCGCAGCAAUGGCAGAGUCUGCUAGCCGACACGGCCAACCGGCCCAAGCCCAUGGUGGACCCCUCCUACAUCACGCCCAUGAAGAUAUCUCCCAAGAAAGUCCGGCUGGCUGAAUCACCGUUGCGAAAAACCAUCGUCCGUGGGAGCCAGCCGCCCAAGGACGCCUCCGUCAACGGCCUGCUGGAGGAGUUUGAGAGUAUCUCCGUCACCCGCUCCAACUCUCUGAGGAAAGAGUGUCCACCUGGAGCCCAUCAGUCUGGCGGGAGCAAGCCAGCAUCUGCGUCCACGUCCAACGCCGGCGGAUCGGAGGAGAACGGCUUCGGACACUAUUACGGCCGCUUCUCGUGCGACCUGGACAGCAGUAAAGACUUCUCGCUAGAGGCGUACCGCGACCGAGGUGCCCAUGACGGCGAGUGGGCGGUCGGACGGCACUACCGCUUCUCUCUCAGACAGAACGGCCAUCCCAUCCGCAGCCACUUCUAUCCCGACGCCAUGCCGCAGAAGUCUUCGGACUACGCCAAGAUGCCACCCGACUACCACGCCUACCUGGAGAACAAGAUGCGGCUGUCCACCGACGAGAUGGCCAUGGGCGGCCGCAGGGAAUACUACCGCGCCUCUCUAAGCGGAUCCAGCCAGGACUAUCGGGAGCAUCCGCUGGGAACGCCGUCGCGCGUCUCCAUCCACAGCGGGCAGAUGAACUAUCCCGAUGGAGACUGGGGAUAUGGAGCGGGACUGAGAGACGACUACGACAAGAGGCCCAAGUCCUCGUACAUCCGUCAGACGAGCCCCCAGCCGGCCAUCCGGCAGCGCUCGCGCUCGGGGUCGGGCCUGCAGGAGCCCAGCCUGCCGUAUGGCAUCAGUGCAUUUAAAGCUGCGCCGCAGGGGCCGUACAGCUCGUACACGUACCCCAGACUGUCCGAGAACACGUCUUCACUCGUCAUAAGCAAGGUAAAGAUCAAAUCAGCCUCCUUCUAA